CAGAAGGUGUAUUUUCCUGAAGGAGUGGUUCCAACAAUACCGCACACUAAAUCGUUUUUGCUCAGUUUGUAUUUACUACUAAGCUUUUGCAUGGUGAAAUGCAAAAGGAAUAUACAUCGAGGAAUGCCACGGAAAUGUAGUUUUAAAUCCGAGUAUUAUCAAAAACGAUUUUGUGCCAAAGUUCCUUUGGGCCAGUCACUUCCUGAAACACCUGUUUGUCAGGUAGGAUCAUCCGCUGCGUCGCAGCACCGGAGAGAUUGAGUCACCACAAAGCGCACCAUGGACGGAGUUUUACUCCGACUUUGACGCAAGUUUGACGUUUACUUUUUCCGUUGGGGGAAUUACGGUGUGAAUUCUUGAGUAAAAUGCGACGACUGUGCCGGAGGAACGGCGGUGCUCACGUGCUGCUCCUGCUGUGUUGGCUCGGCUGCUGGGCUCCAUCCACGGUCUCCUGCAUCAAAGUCAACACUCCACCGGAGCUCCAUGCAUCUAAAGGGGAUACUGUCAAAUUGUCCUGCACUUUCACCUCCACCAGCACCCCAACCAGCAAAAUGAUCAUUGAUUGGUCCUACAGGCCGCAGACUGGUGGACCACCGCAGAAUUUUUUUCACUUCUCCUCUCGGGCCUUCCAUCCUCAAGAUGGCCAGUUCAAGCAGAGGAUUGAGUGGGCGGGAACUCCAGCGCGGGGAGACGCCUCCAUCGCACUGAUCAACGCCUCUCUGAGCGAUAACGGCACCUUCACUUGCUCAGUCCGGAACCCCCCGGAUGUACACGGCUCUCCCACAUCACACACUGUUCUCACUGUCACACCAAAGGCACCGAGCAUUCGCUUCACUGACAUCGCCGUGCUGCUCGCCGCCAUCCUCCUCCCCUCCGCCGUCAUCACCCUCAUCCUCAUUGGCCGCAUGCUCUGCCCCAAGAAACAGAAGCACCAACCAAAGUCCACCAGAUCGCCGAUAGAGGUCACAGAAGGAGAGGAGUAUGGCAUGGAUCCACACGGGGCCAAAGUAAAUAGGACCACAUGCUGUGACCUAUAUCUGAUGGACUCCGACGAUGAGUACGAAUACUACACUGAAAAAAAGGAUCCAGGCCUCCGAGAAGACGCCGAAUCCCAGUUCUAGAAAACCCUUGUGGCUACAGUGUAAACGCACCGGAUGGAACAGUUAGUGCCUUUUUAAUGAAAAGGUGCAGCGUAGAAUCAAUGUCACUCUCAACUACUUCCUUCCUCACUUUAUGUAAUUGAAUUUACUGUUCAUACUGACCACUUCGUAAAGCUCUGUGUUUCGUCCCUCCCUCAUUGCCCUUUUCUAGCCUUCUGCAGAAUGAUUUCCUCUUUUUCUCCCUUAUUUUGUACCGUGUGGAAAAUGUAUUUUGACACUUAAUACUCGUCAGCAGGUGACACACUUGCAAAAACAGAUGAGCACUAUGUACAUGUAUUUAUAUCUUGUUCAUCCAUACGUGCGUCACUUUAUUGUUUUGAAGGAGAUAUUGUUUUUGUAUAAUUUAUUACUUGUUGUAGCUGUAGAUUUGUUUUCUUGAGAUGAACAUUUCCUUUGUUGCUUCAUUUGCAAAUUUCAGUGGCUAGGAAACGAAAAAAUUACAUUUUACAAGUUGUUCAAUACUCUAAUCUGUAAAAUGUUGAUCAGUUUAUGACAUAUGCGAAUUCAUUUUUUUGCAUACUCAGCACUAUCAUACCUACUUCCAUACAUGUUUUGUACUUGUGGGUUCAUUUUUUUUUCAAGUUAAUAUCAUCCAUGAAUGAAUGUAUAUUUUGUCAGCAUAAAGCAGCGGCAGACAGCCGGGUUUGUGUACGUUUGUUUCCUCGAUGUUCCUUGAAACCAGCGGCUUCACCGGCAGUGCAUUGUCUCGUGGGACCACAGAGUCAUGAAGAGACUUAAUAAAAAUGUGCCAAUGAGAUGUACUGAUAA